CGUGGCGGCGGGAGGGCCGGCGGCGGUUGGAAGCCCCGGGAAGUUCGGUUCGGAUCGGUUCGGCUCGGCUCGGCUCGGCGCGGAGUCGGGCGGCUCCAGAGGCGGCUGGUGGCGGCGGAUUCGGGAGGAGGUGGUGGCAAAUAUCACGUAAAAGAAAUGAUCGAAUCAGUCAGAAUAAGAAGACAAUGCAUGCUGGAUUUCUACUCACAUUAUGAUCACCUUUGUGCUCUUCAAGGCUCUGUCCCACUGAAAGCUGUGAAGGUUAACUCGACUCAGGGUGCUCUUGAUGUAGUUGUAGAUCGCAUCAAAGCUGCUGAUUGGGUGCCACUUCUGAGUGCCAUCAGGCAUAAUAAGACUCUGACUUCUAUUGGAAUAAGAAGUUUUCAUAAUCAGGGUCUUGGAGAGUCAGGUGUUGAAAGAUAUAAAACUUACUUUAGAAGGAGAAUUCCAGCAAUUCGAUCAAAAGACUUGACUGGCCAACUAUGCAAAGCUGUCAGAGGCUGUCUCAGUAUAUCAGAUGUACUAAAAAAUUUAGAACUGCAGGGUUUGCUUCUGAGGGAGAGAGAUCUAAUACUUUUAACAAAGGGUUUGGCCACAACUUCAUCUCUAGAGAGCGUCUCUUUAGCGCACUGUCCAAUUGGAGAUGGAGGAUUGGAAACAAUCUGUCAGAGUAUAAAGAAUUCAACUACUAUCAGAUGUGUAAACUUCACAGGAUGUAGCCUCACAUGGAGAGGAGCAGAACAUAUAGCAAAUGUACUAAAGCACCAGGCAAUGAAAAGGCAUGGUGAAGCUUGGGCUGAAAGCCUGCGUUACAGGAGACCUGACCUUGAUGAUAUGACCGGCCUGAGGCGGAUUACUUUAAACUGCAACAUGCUUGUUGGAGAUAGAGGAGCAAGUGCCUUUGCAGACUGUCUAGGAGAGGACCUUUGGCUGAAAGCACUUGAUUUGCAGCAGUGUGGAAUAUCCAAUGAAGGAGCAAAGUCAUUGUUAGAUGCUCUUCAAACUAAUACAACGCUAGUCAUACUUGACGUAAGAAAAAACCCUUUAAUUGAUCACAUUAUGAUGAGAAACAUUAUUGAAAGAGUUCUUAUGAAUGGAAAGAGUGCUGAUUCAGAGUAUAAGUGGCUGAUGUCUCCAUCUUCCAAGGAUGCUUUCAAAACUAGACCAAAGAAAAGAACUAUUGUCCUAGGAAGUGGUCGAAAAGGAAAAGCUACUAUUCGUAUUGGAUUAAUGUCUAAAAAGUCUGUAAGUCCUGGGAAAAAAAAUAUGAUUGUGAAAGAUAGUUACUCACCAAAACCACUACCACCAGGCACAAAAGGCUUCCUUCCUUGGCGGACUGCUGAACGUGCAAAGAGAUGCAGAGGGGGACCAAUGGACAGCACUGAAGAGCUACCAGUGAAGAUUCAGACAGGUAUUCCUCUGAAAGUGACUGUAGAAAGUGCUUCUACAUCUGAAACUGAGGAUUUAGAUGAUGUUUUCCAACAUCCUGAUUUAGCAAGAUCAUUAGAUAAAAUGAGCGUAACAAAGCAUGAACAAUUACAGUUGGAGCUGGAAGAAUGCAUGGGAAAACUGAAGGAAGAACAAAGAGCUAGAGUAAAGGCUGAGGAACGGAUAAUAGAGCUGGAAAUGGAAAAUGCAAGAUUAAAGAAUCAAAAUACCUCCCUAUCUGAGGUUAUUCAUACACAGUCAGUAACUAAUCAGAUCUUGGAAGAUGAAGGUGUUCUAGGCAGCAUUGAAAACUCUUUCCGAAAGUUUCAUGCUUUUUUAGACCUCCUUAAAGAUGCUGGGCUUGGACAACUUGCUGCAUUAGCUGGGAUAGACCAGUCAGAUUUUGGUCUUAUGGGGCAUCCACAAAUGAAUUCUACUAUCAGCCAGCCUGUUAAUGUGCUAAAAGAAAAGUCUUUUGAAGAAGAAAGACAAGAACAUAGGCAGAAUAGCAAAAACAGAGCUGAGGACAUCAAAGUUUCUCUUCCUGGAGCAUUUCAGUCCCAUAUGACUGGGGAUAAUGCCUUCUCUGCUUUUAGAGAAAUACAAGAAACUCAGACUGCUGGGCAACUGUACCAGCCAGGCUCACAGGAGGAAAAUGAAGGUCAGACAAUUAACAAAAGUCAAGAGGAUGAGCCUCAAAACAGUACUUCAACAUUCUGUGAGAGGAGAGUCAAACAAAAGGACCAUGCAAAUGGAAAUAAUUCAGGAAAGCAAUCGGUUACCAGUAUGCAUUCAUUUCCUGAUUCUAGCAUGCAUGUUAAAAGUAAUGGUAGCAGAACAUCUAGUGGUGCUUCUGGUGAGAAAAGCAAAAAACGUUCCUCAGAGAAGUACAUCCCUAUAGCAAAUGAAACAGCAGUGACAAGUGAUGGAGCACAAGGACACCAGAGUAGACUGCAGACAGUAAACCACUCUGGAACUGAUACUGUAGGAUCUGGCUCUGAAAUACUAGGAGGAAUCCAAAGUGUUGCCAGCAUUUGAAAAGUUUCUAAAAUGUUUGAGCUGUUCUUCAGACUUGAAAAAUUAAAAAUAAAUUUUGUCUGCCUCAGUGUAGUUUGAGCUUUUUGUAAAGUAAUGUAGACUUUGUAAACUUCUAAAGUAUUGCAUGCUAUUUAGUAUUCUUGUUUCAUGUUUGCAUCAGCUGUCAGUAGAUUUUUGUUUUGAAGUAUGAUGAACUGAUAGAAUGGUACCCUUCAGGUUGUACCACAUAGCAAGGACUCCUGGCAUGUGGACGUUAUUCUGUACCAUGAGAUCUCAUUUUUGAGUGUAAAC